AGCGGGCGGGAUCCCGGGGGCCGCGGCCGCCUCUGCUCCCCCCCCUCCCCCCCGGACCCCGGCCCCGACCCCGGCCCUGACCCCGGACCCGGAGCCUCCUCCCGCCCGCCCGCCCGCCCGCCUGGAGGCUGUGACAAUGGACUAUGACUUCAAAGUGAAGCUCAGCAGCGAGCGGGAGCGGGUCGAGGACCUGUUUGAAUACGAGGGCUGCAAAGUUGGCCGAGGCACUUACGGUCACGUCUACAAAGCCAAGAGGAAAGAUGGGAAAGAUGAUAAAGAUUAUGCUUUAAAACAAAUAGAAGGAACUGGGAUUUCUAUGUCAGCAUGCAGAGAAAUAGCACUACUUCGAGAGCUUAAACAUCCAAAUGUCAUCUCUCUUCAAAAGGUGUUUUUGUCUCAUGCUGACAGGAAAGUGUGGCUUCUGUUUGACUAUGCCGAGCAUGACCUCUGGCACAUAAUCAAGUUUCACAGAGCUUCUAAAGCAAACAAGAAGCCAGUUCAGUUACCUCGGGGAAUGGUCAAGUCACUAUUAUAUCAGAUCCUAGAUGGUAUUCACUACCUGCAUGCUAACUGGGUGUUGCACAGGGAUUUGAAACCUGCUAAUAUUUUAGUUAUGGGUGAAGGUCCUGAGCGAGGAAGAGUAAAAAUUGCUGAUAUGGGCUUUGCACGAUUAUUUAAUUCACCUUUGAAGCCUUUAGCAGAUUUGGAUCCAGUAGUUGUAACAUUCUGGUACCGAGCUCCAGAGCUCCUUCUUGGAGCAAGACAUUAUACCAAAGCUAUUGAUAUUUGGGCUAUAGGGUGUAUAUUUGCAGAGCUACUAACUUCAGAACCAAUAUUUCACUGUCGACAAGAGGACAUCAAAACUAGUAAUCCUUAUCACCAUGACCAGCUGGACAGAAUAUUCAAUGUAAUGGGAUUUCCUGCAGAUAAAGAUUGGGAAGAUAUAAAAAAGAUGCCUGAACAUUCAACAUUAAUGAAAGAUUUCCGAAGAAAUACAUAUACCAACUGCAGCCUUAUCAAGUAUAUGGAAAAACAUAAAGUUAAACCAGACAGUAAAGCGUUCCACUUGCUUCAGAAGUUGCUUACUAUGGACCCAAUAAAGCGAAUUACCUCAGAACAGGCUAUGCAGGAUCCUUAUUUCUUAGAAGAUCCACUUCCUACAUCAGAUGUUUUUGCAGGUUGCCAGAUCCCUUAUCCUAAACGUGAAUUUUUAACAGAAGAAGAGCCUGAUGACAAGGGAGACAAAGUAAAUAUUGAAAACCAGCAGCAGCAGCAGGGCAAUAACCAUACAAAUGGAACUGGUCAUCCAGGGAAUCAAGACAGCAGUCAUGCACAGGGACCCCCAUUGAAAAAAGUGAGAGUUGUUCCUCCUACCACUACCUCAGGUGGACUGAUCAUGACCUCAGACUAUCAGCGUUCCAAUCCACAUGCUGCCUAUCCCAACCCUGGACCAAGCACAUCACAGCCACAGAGCAGCAUGGGAUAUUCAACUACCUCCCAGCAGCCUCCACAGUACUCACAUCAGACACACCGGUACUGAGCUGCAUCUGAAUAAUGUCAAUGCACUGUUGCUACUGCUGCAGGACUGACCAUGCAGCUCUGCCUGGAACCUGGUAUGGGCCACGCGAAUGUACUGUACAACCACACCUUCAAAAUGUCCAAUAGCCAAGUUCCACCACUUUUCACAGAUUGGAGCAGUGGCUCACAGAUGUUACCUGUUUUGGAGUUAGACUUGAAAAGAAAGUGCUAGCACAGUUUGUGUUGUGGAUAUGCUACUUCCAUAGUUUACUUGACAUGGUUCAGACUGACCAAUGCAUUUUUUCAGUGACAGUCUGUAGCAGUUGAAGCUGUGAAAUGUGCUAGGGGCAGGCAUUCCUUGUUGUAUGUGGUGAAUUCUCUCGAUGUAACAUUAUCUGACCAAUAGUACGCAAAAUCCUUUAACUGGUACUUGAAACAUACAGUAUAUGUUAACAACAACAAAAACCAACAAAAUAAUCAAGAUUCAGAUUGAGAUUAUUUUGGUAUAUAUUUCUUUUUAGUCUUUUCAAUGGGUUGAUUCAUUUUCCACAUGAUCAGUGUUUUUGACCAACAAAAUUAGUACAUAUUUUUUUCAAAGUACAUAAAGCCACGCAAUUUUUCCAGCAGAUUUCAGAACUCCCAAAGAUUAAUUUCCAACCUAUGAAUUUGUUUUUUGUUUUUUAAAUCGAUGACUUGACUGGUAUUGAAGCUGCUAUUCGAUAGUAAAUAAGUAUGUUGUCAUUGAUAUAAACCUGUUUGGUUUAGCAAACAAAUUAAAAAGAUUGUCAUAGACAGUGUUUUAUUUUUUCUGUUGGUGUUGCUGAUUGUGAGCAUGCUUUGAGAUGAAAAAGCAUGAGGUGAUAACUUCCUUUAAAAAGGUGCGGCAUCCAUUCAGAUAUUUUGUCCUGAUUUUCAGAGCUGACUUGGUGUAGUGGAAUUAAAAUUUUGUUCAUUUAAUUUUCUUUCUUAAAACUUGUUCGCACGUUACUUAGGGUGCCCUUACUUCAGCAAAGGAGAAAGGAGUAGGAGAGCCUUAGAAUUUAUGAGGAAAAAAAAACCUAUAACAUACAAUGUACUGUAUCAAACUAUUUUACAUGAAUGACGCAAGUAUUCUGAGGAAAAAAUUGAACAUUGUUAAAAAACAAGGUGUUAUGUAAUAAAUUUAUUUUUCAUAAAUCUGA